UGAAUAUGAAUCAGCACCUGUUCAAGUUAUACAACUCCAUUAAGUUCUACCUGUUUGGUGGCGAGGAAAUCCGCCAAGCCACUGAGGAGGACAACGGGAAGAUCCGACACCAUAAGAGCAUCAGGGAUGCCGGUGCACUCCUCCAGGAUGAGGCCCUGCCACUCAAACAGCGGUUGGAGGCUGCCCACAACCUCGGAGUGCUGGGCUACACAGUACAACUCGCCACUGAAGAACAUGAGGCAGUAGAACAGCUUAACUUAACCGCCUGCUUCUGCCCUGCUCCAGGGGGUUACGAGGCGGCCAACAUCUGCUUCGACUUCCUGCCCACCAUGGUAGACCUGCUGGGCUCUCCGGAGCGGAGCGACGAGGAGCUGGUGCUGCUGCUGAAGGCUCUGAGCGUCGCCUGCUACGUGCACCUUAGAAACCAGGCCCGCGUCUGCAGCCUGGGCCUCCUCGUCACCGCGACAACCCUCCUCGUCCCCGCCAACCCCCGCUCCCCCAUGGUCAGGAAGUGGGCGUGCCACCUGCUGGACGUCCUGUGCUACAACAACGUCCCCGCCCUGCGUGCUCUGCGGCCCGUGCCCGGCCUGCAGGCCAGCCUGGAGCGGUUGGAGGCGGAGGACUGGACCCAUUGGCCCAGGAACUACGCCGAGAUUCUGCUCAGGGUUCUAGGCUUCUGGCCCGCGGAACCCAGCCAAGAGGACGACGACACAGACAUGCAAUAAGGGAGACUCUGCUAAUCCCACAGCAGACGCAGAGAACUGAGGAAGCGGUUUAAAACAUGAUCCACAAUCAAUCACACCAAUGCUUACUAUUCAAGAUCAUUAAAUGACUUAAUGACCCCCGCCCCCCCCAAAGAAAACAGACAUGUUGGGUUUUGUUUUUAU